ACAACAUCAACGAUCAAAGAGUCGUCGUUGACAGCCAUGACUAGACACUUGGCCACUCUGGCCCUAAUCCUCCUUCAUACACUCUCAAUUCCCACCCAUGCAUCUCCUCUCUCCAUCUUCCCAACCCCCAUCGAUGGUCUCCCAGUUCGACAUCCUUUCAUCGACACUCAUAGACCUGUCUCACUCUACCAAUGGGUAUCUUUACGCUUGCUACGUAAACUUGAACAACGACAAGAGUCUAAUGGAGGAUGGAUGACACGUUGGUUAUCCAUCGGUGGUGAAGGUGCCAUAUCAAUCUAUAUGGAUCAUGAGAACCUAACAUUACCACACCGACCUUCGGCAUUCCCUUCUCAUCUCGUGCCACCUACCACGUUACCACUCUCUGGUAUUUUAGAAGCAUUCGACUCCUUCCCAGAUCCACGUCCCGGUCCUCCGGAGAUAGAUACAUCAUCACAUACAUUCAAAUCACAAGAUCCAGGAUUGGCUUGCGUCUCGCCGAUAUGGCCUCCUAUCAGAUUUGAGAAGCCUAAAAAACCCUUCAAAGUUGCAUUUGUGGAAAGGGGAGGAUGCGAUUUCGCCACCAAAGUAAGAGCGGCACAGGAGAGGGGUGCGGCGGGUGUAGUUGUAGGAGAUUCAGUGGCUAGAUUAGGGGAGACCGAUGAGGAGGGUAGGAUGAGAGAGAAUUUGAUCACAAUGUUUUCACCAGAAGAUACUAUGGGAAUUUACAUUCCUUCGGUUUUUGUUAGCCGAGCGAGCUUUCUCCUAUUCCGGGAUUUACUGUCAAAUGGGACCAACUCGGGUCGGUCAGAGGGUAAGGGUUUAUGGAUUGAGAUAAGCGAAGGUUCAGACGAGGGAAGCGCUCUGAGCAGUCUACUCUCCUUUGCACUUUUACUCCCCUCAACUUUCCUACUCAUUACUAUCGCCAUUCACCGUGUACGUGUCGCACGUCAACGUGAAGCUGAUCGUGCUCCUCCUUUACUCGUCUUAUCUCUUCCUGAACGUAUUUGGUCACCUGAUAUCGUAUGGGAAAAAGAUUCAUCAUCAUCAUCUUCACCUUCAUCUCCACUUUCACCAAUUCAACAUCCCUUAAUUCCCUCAUCAUCACCUUCCUCAACUAAUCCUGAUCUCUCUCCUCCGGUUCGUAUUUUAUCCGCGGACGAAUCACCCUUGCAGAAUCACAAUAUAGAGAUGGAGGAUCAAGUUGGACCAUUAGAUAUGCAACCGUCUACUUCUAAACCAGGUCGAAAACAUCGACAUAAAAGUCAUGCAAAGAAAUAUUUUUCAAAAGAUGAAUGUGCUAUUUGUAUGGAUCAAUUUGAAAAAGGAGAUGUGGUUAGGAUUUUACCUUGUGGACAUGUGUUUCAUAAGAAUGAAUGUGAUGAAUGGUUACUCAAAUGGAGAAAGCUGUGCCCAACCUGCAGAGCAGACGUCACCAUACCUCCUGGAUCCGAAAUGCAAGGAAGUCGUCUCACCCCCGUCUCUACCGAUCCCAAUUUCGAUCCCAUCCUCGAACGUCCUACCCUCUUAUCCCGUCUUACAUCUCUUCGAACCCAAGCAUGGCGUUCUAUAUCCCGUCUCAGGCGUGGAAACGGAACAGACGAAACCACCCCUUUGUUUCGUGAUUCGGAUGGUGAAGAGAGAAGGUCAAGAAGGUCAGAUGUGACGGAUAGUACUAUACGUCCUUCUAGAAGACAAGAAGCGACAGUUUAGGUUUCGUGUGUUCAAGCUGCUCGUCGAAUGUCAAGCACAACAAUUCCUCAUCUUUACCUAAAAUUCUUCAUCACUCUACUUUCCAUUCUUGUUCCUUUUUACGGUUCUUUCAAUUCAUCGACAUCUUCCGGAAACAUAGUCACAAAGUCAUAAAGUCGACGAAGUGAGGUUUUGGUUUGCAAAUAUCACUUUGUCUCUGACGGAUCAAAACUUGUUGUGUACAUGACGAUAGGGCCUGUGUUGGUUGUAUACAUGAUGAAAUCUUUGUAUGUAUGUUCACGUCCUGCAGCUG